GAGGCAGAGGAGGAGAAACAAGAGAAACAGCCAACAGAAAAAGCUAAAACAAAGACAAAAGCAGAGAAGAGGAAGAGUGUAACAGAUAAAACAGUGAAGGCCAAGAAGAAGAAAAAGAACGAACAGAAAGAGUGUGUCAUACCUCCAAAAAAAGAGACUGAGGAUGGAAAGUCAGCAAAACCUAAAAGAAAGAGGAAGAAAAAGAAGACAAUUACAGAUGUCUUAUCCUCAUCGGAGCCAAAAGCAGGCUGUCCUGCAGACCUGCAGAGUGUGGUCGCACAGUACUUCUCAGACAAGCUCUCUGUGAUCGAGCAGGAGGAGCUCAAAUUGCAGGACUCCUCCUUCCUGUCCAGUAAUGACUUGACGCACACCUUCUCCUCAUAUCUGAAACAGGUUUGUCCCAAGUGGUCGAAGAUACAAAAACAGCACACAGCAAAGAGUUCUGUGGUUCUGCUCGUCGUCUGCAGCUCUGCGCUCCGGACCAUUGAGCUCAUCAAGCAGCUGACAGCCUUCAAGGGUGAAGCCAAAGCAGUGAAACUUUUUGCAAAACACAUCAAGAUAGAGGAGCAGGUGAAGCUGCUGCAGAAGGGUGUCACCCACAUCGGAGUAGGGACACCUGGCAGGAUCAGUGCUCUUAUUGAGAAAGAGGGUUUGAGCUUGCAGGCGUUGAGAUAUGUUGUUCUGGACUGGAACUGGAGGGACCAAAAACUGCGCAGGAUGGUGGACGUUCCUGAGGUCAAACUGGACUUUAUGAAGCUCUUGGAGAGCGGUAUCCUGACUGGUUGCAAAGAAGACAAAGUCAAAAUUGGACUUUUUUAACUGCACAUUGUAAAGACGCCUUGCUGUUUAAAGCUUCAUACUGAUGCUCCUCGCUACACCCCGAGGGGCCUCAUCCUGUUUGUUUUCCCUUUGUGUCCGUAUGAAAUCUGCGCUGUGCUUUUACUAUUUUAAGAGGCCGUGUCAAAUGUGCGAUGCUGUUUGUUCACUGUUGUUGUCCAACGCGUCGUCCCAGUGUGAUGGAUUGAAUAAACGGACUCAGAAUGAAA